AGUGUAAACAAUGGCAGUCCUGGGUCUUUCUCUCCUGUCCUCCUGGUGGUCAUGGAUCAGUUUUGGAUUCAUGGCUGUCCUGUUUUAUGUCAUCUUCAGAGUGACUUUGGCCUAUAUGGACUAUCGUACUUGGGCCCACUUCUACAAUGAUCUCCCUGGGGAUCCCUACCCCAGCAGACUCCUAGGGCACCUGCUGAUGUAUCCCGGGCCUAAUGAGGAGGGACUGAAAUUCCAGAUGGAGCGCUGUGACAGGUACCCCAUGUUUCACUUACUGUGGAUUAGCUUCAGACCAGUGUUAAUUCUUCAUCAUCCAGAAACAGUUAAAGUUCUUCUAAAAUCUACAGAGCCAAAACCUCGCCAGCUAGGUACAGUAUAUAUCUUGGGUCUGGAUUGGCUGGGAGAGGGUUUACUUAUAGCUAAUGGACAGAAGUGGGCGCGGAAUCGCAGGCUCCUGACCCCAGCAUUCCAUUUUGAUAUUCUACAAUCUUACAUAGGCCUCAAAAACAAAGCUGCUUCCGUUCUGGUGGACAAGAUAGAUAAGCAGGUGGAAGCAGGGAAGAGUUUUGAGUUGUUUUCUUUCAUUGGCCUGGCCUCUCUAGAUAUAAUACUCCAGUGUGCAUUUUCCUUUGAGAGUAACUGUCAACAGUUAGGGGACACACAUCCAUAUGUCCACGCUGUUAACGUGCUGUCUGAUAUCUGGGUGGCUAGGUCUUUAAAGCCUUGGUUUUACUCUGACUUUUUGUUCAGUUUGUCACCCAGUGGACGAGAGUUCAGAAAGAACUGUGAUUAUGUGCAUAAAGUGGCAGAGAAUAUUAUUAAAAAGAGAAGAAAAAGUUUAAAAGAAGAUGGACCAAAUCCAAAAACUCGUCACCUAGACUUUCUGGACAUUUUAUUGACAGCAAGAGAUGAAAAUGACAAAGGACUGACCUCACUAGAAAUCAGGAAUGAGGUGGAUACAUUCCUGUUUGAAGGCCAUGAUACAACUACGAGUGGCAUGUGCUGGACUCUGUAUUUACUGGCCAAACAUCCUGAGCACCAGGAUCUCUGUCAGAGAGAGACAGAUGAUCUUCUGAAGGGUCGAGACAACAAGGAUUUAGAAUGGGCCGACCUAUCUAAGCUUAGUUACCUGACUCAGUGUAUAAAAGAGAGCAUGCGGCUCUACCCCCCAGUGACCUUUAUACAGCGGGUCACAACUAAGGAGACAGUGUUAGAUGGCCAUCCCAUUCCAGAAGGCACCACCAUGGGAAUUCAGAUUUAUAACCUCCAUCAUAACAAGGCAGUCUGGGAAGACCCGUACGAGUUCCGCCCCAAUAGGUUCUCCCCCGACAAUGAAAAGAAUGACAGCUUUGCUUUUGUACCUUUCUCAGCAGGUCCCAGAAAUUGUAUUGGCCAACACUUUGCAAUGAAUGAAAUGAAAAUCAUUCUUGUUCAUAUUUUACAAAGAUAUGAGUUGACAUUGGAUCCAGCUCAUGAAGUUAAUAUUAAGAUCGGGGUUGUAUUACGAACAAAGAAUGGAAUAAAAGUCCAAGCAAGGAGAAGGGAUGUAUGAAAAAUCGGAAGCUUGCAUGUAUCUUUCAGGGAGCAGUUAUACAUGGAGUGUUACUUCACCAAACAAGACUUUCAGGCUUUAUUACGACAGAUUUGUUAUCUAUUCCUCACUGGUAAAUUCAUGUAUUAUUGUUAUUACAUGGGUUUAAAUUCACUGAAUAGUUAUUUAUAUCUAUUUUAUUUGACCCAGUUAUCUUUAAAUUUGAGCUAGUUUUUAUUAUGACUUCAGUGUAUACUGUUCUUAUAUGUAUGAUCUUUCCAUGUUUGUUAAAAUUUUAUGACUGUUGAGUCAGUAAUAUUGAACUACAUUUAAACUUCAGUUAAUUUAAUUAAUUUAUUUGACCUAACAAUAAGGUACAUCUAUUGACAAUUCCUUGCCAUAUCAUAUCAGUUCCAUUCCACUGUUAAUGAACCUCCAGUUAUAUAGCUAGUCUAGAUUUUAUUCAUUCCAUUAUUUACUUAAACAAAUACGCAGUGCUGUUAUUUAUUCAUUUUUGUUUUGUAUUUUUUAAGCAAUAUUCCAUGAAUGAUUUUUUCCUGAAAUAUUUAUUAUGAGAUUUACAACAAUUUUAGUUUUGAAUGUAAUUUUUUACAUUACUCAACAAUUUAUCCAUUGAUGAGAAUUUUAUGUACAUAAACAUAAUUAUAUAGGUUCUGAGUUCAUUUUGUGAGAGAUUUACAAUAAGGAAACUGAGAAUUUACAAUAAGUAAAGAAAUCUAAUACCUUUAUUUAGGAGCUUCUGUCUUGGAUUUUCAAAAAAUGUGCUGAAGUUCAAAAAAAAAAUGUGCUAAAGUUAAAAAAAAAAGCUGACACAAUUUUAACCAAUAGGCAACUUACCCAUAGGGAGAUUUGAAAAGUAGAACAAUUAGAAUAAUUCAUUAUUACAAAUUCUAAUCAUUUAUACCUGUAGAAAUAUAUUUUGAAAGGUGCUUUGUCUAUGUAAGAAUAAAUUCUUCGCUGUGUGUGAGGAUAUUUUUUUUUGAGGGCAUGUUCUAGUCAAGUAAAAUUAGUUGUUUUCUCCAAAUCCUGUCAUUUUUAAAUAACCAUUUUUUUUUUCAAAUUAUGGAUCCUUAUUAGAUUUGGCUAAAAUUUUACAUAAUGAACAUAUGUGCAUAAAAAAAAAAACUUCCUAAGAAGCAUAUGCAUUUUUUUUUUGGUAUUUUUUUACGACUUUGAACUUUAUACUGAUACUGAGGCAAUAUCUUGUUAUUCAGAGACAUCUUAGAGCUAAGUUUUGUCCAGUAUAUGAAGGCACAAUUUUCAUUGGAAUUUAAAGGAUAAAAAAAACUUUCAAGAACAGAAGGGCUGAAGUUACUAGGGGAACAUUGUAAAGUUUUUGCCAUGGUUACAAAAAAGUGGAGUAAUAUGAAUUUUUUUAACUGUUCAAAAUUGGUUUGUAGCAUGUCUUUUUUGUCAAAUACUGUAUCUUUUAAGUUUCAUCUUGACAUACUCUAGAAGUUAAUUUUAGUUUUACCAUGCAUAAUUAACAUUCACUCUAUUGUGCAACAUUCACUCUUUUGUGCCAAAUUAUUUAUAUUGAUAUGUGAUAUAAAGGAAUAAAGAGUGCUCAAUCAGUA